AUGGUGCUUGCAGAUUUUUUAACUGAGACAAGAAGGCGAUGGUUGAAGGCCUUCAAGCUGUUCAAGCGCAGUCGGUCGCACAAAAACAACCGCAACCGCAUAUCACCAGCUUUAGUCCGUCUACCAUCAUACAGCGGUACAGUAGACGCACGUUCAGAAAUAGACCUGCAGCGGUUUUGCGCUUGCCGCGCUUCGCUACCGCCGCUACGUUUAGCGCAAGACUGCGACUCUGCCUCCUAUCACAGCGGUUACAAUAGCUACAGUUCUCGCAAUGAAUCAGAGAACGAUUCAAAUUUCGAUGGUGCACGUUCUGAUUCAGCUUACGAUUCGGCGAGAAGUAGUCCGUCGCAGCAGAGGGCGCCAGUGUGCUACGCCACUGUCACGUACUUCAACGUCAAUGAUAGUGAAGACAGCAGCAGUAUCAGAACAGAAUACACGCUGUUAGAUUACGAAGUGGAUGCUGAACAUGAGGACGAAUUAACGCAAAACAUGAUAAAUGAGAAUAUAGAACUUGUCAGUACAUUAUGA